AGGGGCGCGCUGGACCGGCAUGGACCGCGGCACCUGCCUCUGGCUGCUGAGCUCCUUCUGCGUCUGGGGCGCGAGCCGCGGGGCGCGGGAGACGGUGCUGGGCACCCUGGGGAAGGCGACGUUCCUGCGCAUCCCCCCGCCAUUCCAGGAGCUGACGGCGCGCUUCGGCGCGGCAGUGUGGAAGCGGGACACGGAGGACCCGCACAGCAAGCAGGUGCUGCUCAAGUACUCGGACGGCAACUACAUCAACUACAUGCAGGAGCAGACCCGCUUCCACCAGGCCAACUUCUCCCUGGAGAUCCUCAACACCAGCAGGCAGGACAGGCAGCUCUACGAGUACAUCGUCAGCAAGGAGCGGGAGGAGAAAGUCUGGCAGAUACAGCUGGAAGUAUAUGAGCCGGUGUCGGCGCCCCGCAUCCAGGUGCUCGGCGGGACGGAGGCCAACGACAGCCUCACCGUGACCCUCAACUGCACGGCGGAGCGGGGCGACCGGGUGUCCUACAGCUGGGCGGGCGCCUCGCGCCUCUGCGCCCGCAACGGCAGCGUCCUGCACCUCUCCUACAGCCCGCGCAACGCCAGCCUGGCCUGCUCCUGCACCUGCACCGCCGCCAACCCCGUGAGCCGCCGCGCCGUGGCCUUCAACGCCUCCGAGUGCGGCCGCGAGCCCCAGGGCGGUGCCGGGCUGCGGACGGGGCACCUGGUGCUGGUGCUGGUGGUGCCGGUGGUGGCGGCGGGGGCCCUGGCGGCCGGGUGCACGGCGCUGCGCGCAGCAGGCGCGAAGCAGGAGCGGGCGCCGCUCGCCGAGGACGGUGCCGUGCACACCAUCUACUCCCAGGUGCAGCGGGCGGAGAAGCCGAAAGGCCCCCGCGGGCCCCCCGCCGCCGAGCGCCCGGCCUGCACCACCAUCUACGCUGCCGCCACCGGGCUGCCGCCGGACCCGGCGCGGGAGCAGCGCCCGGCACGCGGCCCCCGGCCGGAGCCACCCGCCCCGCCGCGACCCCCUCCCCGCCCGCAGACCCCCGAGGACGGCCCCACCACGGUCUACACCACGGUGACGGCGCCCAAGCCGUGA